CAGCAUGAGCAGUGCCCCCGCGCCGGGCCAGGCGACCGCCUGCCUCACCCUCUGGGAUGAGGAGGACUUCCAGGGCCGUCGCUGCCAGCUGCUGAGCGACUGCGCGAACGUCAGCGAGCGCGGAGGCCUGUGCAGGGUGCGCUCCGUCAAGGUGGAAAGCGGCGCAUGGGUAGCCUUUGAGUACCCCGACUUCCAGGGACAGCAGUUCAUUCUAGAGAAGGGAGACUAUCCUCGCUGGAGCGCCUGGAGCGGCAGCAGCGGCCACCCCAGCACCCAGCUGCAGUCCUUCCGGCCAGUGCUGUGCGCCAGCCACAGUGACAGCCGUGUGACACUGUUUGAGGGGGAAAACUUCCAGGGUUGCAAGUUUGAACUCAGCGAUGACUACCCAUCCCUGCCCUCCAUGGGCUGGGCCAGCAAGGAUGUGGGCUCCCUCAAAGUCAGCUCCGGAGCGUGGGUGGCCUACCAGUACCCAGGCUACCGAGGAUACCAAUAUGUACUGGAGCGAGACCGGCAUAGCGGAGAGUUCCGUAACUACAGUGAGUUUGGGACACAGGCCCACACUGGGCAGCUACAGUCCAUUCGAAGAGUCCAGCACUAGGCUCCACGGCCCCAGUCACCACCCUUGAGGGCCCUCAAUAAAGUAUCCUGAACCUGCCUGCC